AUGUCCAAAAUUGUGUUGUGUUACACCUGCUCGCAUUCGACAGAGGCCGAGCCAGAUCCCGAACAAGUGAGCUGGUUAGAGGAAUUCUUGCCUGACAACUACAAACAUCAUAUUUGUAGUGUAAAAGAAGGAGAGGAUGGAGUAAACAUCACAUUGAGGUUGGCUGUUUCGACCGAAGAAGGUGCUAAAAAAUGGCUGGAAUCCAUGCAGAAGUCGUCUUUGGCCACUUUUCGAGUGGAAAGAACUCGUCCUUCCUCUGGUGAAAAGGUGUUGUACAAGACUGAAUUUCGCUGCCAACAUAAUACCAAACCAAGAACAGCAACAGCUAAUGAACGCAGGGGGUCAAAGAACACAUCUUGUCCAGCAGGCCUGAGUAUUGUUGUGAAAGUCAGCACCUUUGAAAGGUCAGACGGGAGAGUAAGGAUGUGCAGGUCAUCUGAUCCUCAUUUGCCUGAUCAUCCGAUGGUUGUGAAAUUCAAGUCCACACAUAACCACUUAUUGAGGUCUGCAGAUGCUUUGAAGCAUAGGGAUGUGAGUGAAGACGUUAAGGAAAAGUUCCUGGAUUUGUUUAGUAAGGGCUACACUCCUUCAAAAGCACUGGCACUGCAUAAAUACGAUCUUCAACUCCAGCACAAUGACAACUACAUUUUCGUCAGUGCCGAUAGAGCCAUCACACCUGAUUUGCAUUACACUUACAGGUUAUAUUACCAGACGUUCAAAAAGGAGUAUGGUGAAGCCAAGGGAGAAUUCGUCCUGAAAGAGUUGGAAAGGAGAAUCGAGGAUGGUUCGCUCGGGGAUGGUGUAAAAUUGUCCCUUGUUGGGCCAGAAGGAUCACAAGCUGCCAUCGCCAUAGUUACACCACUAAUGAGACGCGUCCAUAAGCUAAUUAAACAUUCAGCCGAAUUGGUGUUCGUUGAUGCCACUGGGAACAUGGACCGCCAAGGAUGUAGAGUUUUUUUGCUCUUGACCCACAGUUCUUGUGGAGGACUACCACUUGGAGUACUAAUUACAACCAGUGAAAGCACAGAAACAGUGACAGAGGCACUGAAUUUGUACAAUUCAUUAUUGGAUGACAGUGCAUAUUUUGGGCGUGGGAAGUCUGGGCCUGAGCUCUUCAUGACAGAUGAUAGUACGUCGGAACGGCAAUCACUUCAUGCUGUCUACCCUAAUGCCACUCUACUCCUUUGUGUCUUUCACAUACUUCAAGCAUAUUGGCGUUUCUUGUGGGAAGCUAAGAAUGCAGUUAGGAAGGAAGACAGGCCACAUCUGUUUUCUUUGUUGAAGGAUAUGGUGUACUGUGACACUGUCGAAGCAUUGGAGGCAAAGCAUGAGGAAAUCAUGAAUGAUGAAACCUUGGAGAAAUAUGCAAAUGUACAUAAGCAUUUGGAGGACAUCUAUGCCAGAAAGAUGACUUGGGCUGUGUGUUACCGAGCUGACCUGAACAUUCGUAACAAUAACACAAAUAACUUCGCAGAAUCUGCCAUGCGCAUAAUGAAGGAUCAGAUCCUUGAGAGGACCAAGGCCUAUAAUGUAAUCCAGCUGGUGGACUUCAUUGUCACAAGGCUGGAGACGUAUUAUGAACGACGGCUUAUCGAUGUCUGCAACAACAGACUUGACAGGGUGCUCCAGUCUCGAUUUCUGCCAAGUAUUGCCUCUGGAUCUGAGAUUGAUCCCAACAAAAUCGUGAGGUUUGAGGACAGUCAGAGUGUAUUCUUCGUUCCUAGUGAGACGGAUGAUACAACAACAUACAUGGUUGAUACUGCUCUCGGUGUGUGUGAUUGCAGGAAAGGAAUGACAGGUAAGACUUAA